GCUCUUUCUCCCUCGGCGCGGCGCUCCUCAGCGGCAAGAUGGCGGCGGCGCAGCCGGAGUCCCGCGACGGAGCGGCGCAGUCGGCGAAGCCGGCGACCGAGACUGACCCCCUCAGCCGCUUCACGUGUCCCGUGUGCCUGGAAGUGUUCGAGAAGCCGGUGCAGGUGCCCUGCGGACACGUCUUUUGCUCUGCAUGCCUGCAGGAAUGUCUGAAGCCGAAGAAACCUGUCUGUGGGGUGUGUCGCAGCGCUCUGGCACCUGGCGUCCGAGCUGUGGAGCUCGAGCGGCAGAUCGAGAGCAUAGAGACUUCUUGCCAUGGCUGCCGUAAGAAUUUCAUCCUAUCUAAGAUCCGGGCCCACGUGGCUUCAUGUUCCAAAUACCAGAAUUAUAUCAUGGAAGGUGUGAAGGCCACCACCAAGGAUGCAUCCCUUCAGCCGAGAAACGUCCCAAACCGGUACACCUUUCCCUGUCCAUACUGUCCCGAGAAGAACUUCGAUCAGGAAGGGCUCGUGGAGCACUGCAAGCUCACUCACAGCACGGAUACCAAGUCUGUGGUCUGCCCCAUAUGCGCCUCGAUGCCCUGGGGAGACCCCAGCUACCGCAGCGCCAACUUCAUGGAGCACAUCCAGCGCCGCCACCGCUUCUCCUACGACACUUUUGUGGAUUAUGAUGUUGAUGAAGAUGACAUGAUAAACCAGGUGUUGCAACGCUCCAUCAUCGACCAGUGAGCCGGGUCCUGGCUGUCCACCUCACUCUAGAGCUUCCAUUAUGCAUUAGGUGUGAGCCCUGACUCUUGUACCUCACAUGCAAUGCAGAUCUGGAAUUGAGCCAUGGCACCAGACAGGGUCACUUCCUCGAGGGUCAUGGGGCGCUAGGGCAGAGAGAACCCCGUUUCCUCUGGGCUCUUGCCAGCAUUGUCUUCCCCACCCGUAACCUUGUUUGUCCUAUGGUCUGCUUCCACCGCACCUCAGCUACUGCCUGCUUUAAGAAGAGUCCAGCUUCUUCUCCCACGGUAUCUUACUCAUCCUAUUGUCCAGUGUUCAUCUCUCAGGUCCUCCCAGCCAGCCAGGACCUUCCCUGGGCUGUGAAUAGAAUAGCACAAUAAAGCAGGGCCUCCUUUUGUUGGCCUUGAGGUGCCUUGGUUCUGCAGUUUGCUGGGCCAGGUCUCUACUCUUCUCCUGGCUGAUGUCGCAGUCUGAUGGUGGAAGUUUUGGUUCCUGCAGUUUCCCCACACCUGCACAUCUGUACACCUGAUGGCUUUUGUCUUAAACGCCUGAAGGUGCCUUUUUAGGAUAACGUAUCACCAUAGAAUUGUAGUGAAAAUGUUGAGUAGCAAAGAUGGGGUGUGCUCAUCAGUAAGUAGGGAGGUGUAGGGGUGUGUGGCUUUUUGUUUAAUGGUGAUGAGUAUUCUCAGGUGGCUGGGUCCUGUGCCCUUCUGUUGAGUAUCUGCUGACAUUCUUUCUCUGAAGAGCGUAUUGGAGGGAGGCACCGACUGCUGUGUGCUGCUUGGUAACUCGAUGAACCUGAGCAGUAUUGCUGCCUCCCUGUGCAAGUAAAUGUUUUAAACCCUUUUGGUGUGGAGACAGAGGUGAAGCCAGGGGUCCUACCCCUGGGAAAUUAAGAGUCAGGCCCUGCGCAGUCGGUCGAGGGAGGUGGUGUGUCUGCUGGAGGCUUUCUUGAGCACAGCAGCUCUAAAAGCUGGGAACCCAGCACAUUUUACAAAGGACUAGGAAGAGCACCACCCCUCCAUUCCACAGAACAGACCCUCUGACAGACUCAGGCUUUGGGGUAAGUCUGCUUUCCAGUCAUACGGCUCCGAUCCAUCUGAGACUGCAUGCAGCAUUGUGCUUCUGACAUUACACCUCCACGGUGGUGCCUCUGCAUGCCAGGGCACAGCCACCUCAGAUGCCAGCAGGGCCGGACAGGAUCGGUUCCCAGCGUUACUGCUUCUUCACUGUACCCUCUGGAAAGGUUUGCUCAGGAGAUGUGUGGAGGGAGGUUCGACAAGACCUUGCCCUGAGGAACUGAGAAAGGCACAGCUGUGCCGCAGUGCAGCAGGGACCUCCUGUCCUGCAUCACACUCUGUUUCUAAUAUGACUUUCCAGAAAGUAUGUGUGGUUAUGUUCUGGCUUUUUGAAGGUGAAAUAUAAAUAAAUUUCAUAAUUUAUCCAA